GACAACAUGACCACAGAGAAGAAGCUUCUCAGUAUGCUAGCAAACAACAGAGAAGUCAAGCAGAGCAGCAUUUUAGAAAGAGGCACCGACCUAAAAAACUUGCUAAAAAAAUACAAAUUGUCCCCUUGUACCCUUUAUUUGUUUAGUUAACUAAUAAGUGUAUGUGCUGCAGUGGCGCGUGUCGCGGAGCUAGCCUCGCUAUUUAUGCAGCUAACCGGCCAACUGACCAGUUCCUACUGUUAGCCUGACAGCUAACGUUUAAACUGGCAGUUGGGCAGCCCGGUUUCUGCUCGUUAGCAUCCAUGAAGAAACCCAACCCUGGAUAAAUAUGCUGUGAGCAAGACUGACCGGCUCGUCUCGAGUUAGCUAGUAAGAAAGAAUACAACAGAAUGACAGAGGAUGCCGUCUUGCUGGAUGUCCCUGUCAUUCGGCAGCUCUACCACUGGGACUGUGGGUUAGCCUGCUCCAGGAUGGUCCUCAAGUACCUCCAUCCAGUCAGCGAUGAGGAGUUUCAGAGAGCAUGCUGGGAGCUCAAGCUGACGGAGAGUGUGUGGACUAUUGACCUGGCCUACCUCAUGUGCCAUCUAGGAAUCAAACACUGCUUUUGCACCCAGACUCUGGGUGUUGAUAAGAGCUUUAGGAAUCAGUCCUUCUAUAAGAAACACUUUGAUACAGAAGAAGACAGAGUGAAUGAGCUUUUCCUUAACGCAGACAGCAAAGGUGUGGUGGUGAACAAAUGCUCUGUGACGGUUCAGGAAAUCCAGUCUCAUCUGGAGCAGGGCCACGUUGCCAUAGUGUUGGUUAAUGCCGUCGUCUUGACAUGUGAACUCUGCUCCUCGCCUGUCAAAUACUGCUGCUUCCUGCCUGUGGGCCAGAAGUGUUUCUGCAGGAAGCCGGAGUACCAGGGUCACUUUGUCGUAGUAUGCGGCUUCAACAGGACCACCGGCUGCGUUUUCUACAACAACCCAGCGUAUUCUGACCGGGUGUGCUGCACCAGCAUCGGUAACUUCGAGGAGGCUCGGCGGAGCUACGGGACAGACGAGGACAUCCUGCUGGUCUUUAAGGAGAGUUGAUUGACAGCGAUGAUGGGUUUGGAUUUCACUCUUCCUCAGCGCAUCGUUGUAGUGACCUGAUGCUGCAGGUCCACAGUCUCGGACUAGCGGUCCUCCCUGCUAUCGCAGAUCCCCCCCGGGGCCUUCCUCUCCGGUGCUAAGAAGCCCAACUGCUCACAUGACUGCUGCAGAUCCACCGCUCUUGUAAAGCCACCACCACCACUCGACCACUGCAGGACUAACAGCUGGGAGUUUCACAAAUCUAAGUUCAAUUUAUUUUUGUAUUCUCUUUUUUUUGGGGGGGGAUUAGCAGAUAGACCAAAUGGAUUUUUAUUGCGUCUUUGUUGAAUUUGAAUGACUCAAAUAUGAGCUAUUGAAAUCUCAAGCUGUGAGCAGAGUGUUUCAGACUUGUGGAACUACAGUGGAUGAAAUGUGGGAAUUGUGACAGAAGAAGACAUACCUGGAAAUAGUGUGCACAUAAUUCAGGGCUUAAAACAUUUAUUAUAAACAAUUUAUUUGUGCUUUUCAGUGUUGAAGUCCUGAAGAGACUCAUCAACAGCCUCACCUCCACUUGCCUUUUAAAAAAGAUAAAUCCUCCAAACUCACCUCAUCACGUUUUUAUUCUGAUUCUAUCAACAGGGAAUACAGGAAGUAGUUGUGCUUUGAGAGUCUCAGGUAGUUAAUGCCCUAAAGUGUGACAUCAUCCACAGAUAGUGCAAUGCAAUACCCCAUAAUGUCUGUGGAACUCAAUCCGCCUGCAGGAGGACGUGGACAUACUGAAACAUGUACUCACCAGAUUGAUUCAUUUCAAUAGAGAAAGAGCAGCCCAACAUGCUGACAGGCGGAGACAUUGUUCGGUUGUUCCGACUGUGCGGCAGAACAAGGUGGUGGAUCUUUGACUCGUGUCCUAAGUUGAAAGUGGUGAAGACCGUUCCUCGUUGUCACUUAAGUUUUAUUUUGUCAUUUUGGUAUUACGAGUAUGUUUUUUGCACUACACUUUCCAAACCAGACAUUAUGUGUUAUUUAAAUAAAUCAUGAAAUUGCUGUUCUUGAACCGAUAAGUGAUUUCUUCCUGGUUGUGCUUUUUCGGUAAGAAUAAACGGCAUGUUUUAAA